AUGCGUGUUGUGAAAGGCAGUGAAGCAUUUCACGAAGCGCAGCUCAAGGAGCCCCCCAGAAUUUUCCAUCCGACGACGCUGAGAUUAAUCGGAUGUCUCUUGCUCGGAUGCUUUUGCCAGACCAUGAACGGCUUUGAUGGCUCUUUAUUCGGGGGCUUGACUGCUAAUUCCCGGUUCCUGGACUUCUUUGGUGGUUCUGUCGACGGAGAAUGGCAGGCCAUCAACUCUGCCAUGUAUCAGAUCGGAGGUGUUUGCGCUCUGCCUUUUGUGGGCCCGGCCAUCGAUUCCUGGGGCAGAAAAGUUGGAAUGAUCAUUGGUGCCUGCCUGAUAAUCUUGGGCACCAUCAUCAAUGGUACCACAGUAUUCACUGCCGAUGACGGACAGCUGAAAGGUGGUCGAUUCUUACUAGGCUUUGGCGUCUCAAUCGUAUCUGCAGCAGGACCGAUUUACGUUGUUGAAACCGCACAUCCUUCUUGGAGAGGGAUCAUUACGGCGUACUGCAACACCUUCUGGUUCACCGGGUCAAUCUUAGCCGCUGGCGCUGUUCGAGGUGGUCUCAACUUGGCCGGCAAUAUUUCUUGGCUGAUUCCGGUAUACAUGCAACUCAUCUUCCCUGGCCUGAUCGUGCUCUUUGUGUUCUUCAUCCCAGAAAGUCCUCGAUGGUUGUUCGUGAACAAUAAGCGCGAAAAGGCCAUCAACACGCUCACCAAAUGGCAUGGUCUCGGUAACCCUGAAAGCGUAUGGGUCAAGCUUCAAAUUGCUGAGUACGAGGAGUAUCUCAACACGAAUGGUGCAGACAAACGAUUCUGGGACUACUCAGCCCUCUUUGCCUCCAGGUCUGGUCGAUAUCGUAUCCUAUGCAAUUGCGUGUUCAGCAUCUUCGCCCAAUGGGCAGGCAAUGGCGUGCUCUCCUACUUCCUACCUGCGGUCUUGAAUACAGCAGGAUAUACCGGCAGUAUUGAGCAAGCCAACAUCAAUCUUGGCUACGCAUGCUUCCAAUUUGCGUUCGCAUUGACUGGCGCGGCUUUUGUUGAGCGUAUCGGCCGAAGACCGCUGAUGCUCUUCUCGAUGACGGGAUGUUGUAUCGUCUGGAUUGGCGUGACUGCUGCUACGGGAGUAUUCAAUGAAACUGGGCAAACGAAUGAUGCUGCAGCGAAGGCUACAGUUGCUUGCAUCUUCAUCUUUGGAGCCGUCUUUUCUGUUGGUCUUACGCCCCUGCAAGCACUUUAUCCGGUCGAGGUGUUGUCCUUCGAGGGGCGAGCUAAAGGGAUGGCUUUCUCUAGCUUGGCUGUGAAUGCCGGUGGUCUGCUCAAUCAAUUCGCCUGGCCAAUCUCCCUCCACAACAUCGGAUGGAAGACAUACAUCGUUUUCAUCGUCUGGUGUGCGGUGCAGGCAACUGUCUUCUACUUUCUGCUUCCGGAGACGAAAGGUCGUACGUUAGAGGAGCUUGACAAGAUCUUUGAGGCCCGACGGCCUGUGAAGGAGUCUCUGAAGAGACAAAAGCUGGCGGUCGCGAACGAUGGGACGGUUCUCGCGGCUGAAGGAGUUUGA